CGUCGCCGCUUUGCUUCUCUCCCGGCCUCGCCCCUCAUCCGCCGCCGGGUCCGUGGUAGUUCCUCUCUCUCUCUCUCUCGCUGGCCCGUCAACUCAAUUAGAACCCCCACACCUCCCGCAAAGCUUUCAUUUAACUCUCCGACCCGCUUGUUUUGGCGGUCAACUAAGCCAACGUUUCACUCCUCUUGAUUUUCCUUCGGUGGUGGCACUGGCUGGCUGAGGCCUUCUCUGUAAGGCCUUGCGGGGGGGGUGGUGGUGGUGGGCCGCAACACGGGGCCGGGUCCUUUGAGUUAUAAACAUCAAGUCACCGUCAACAGCAAACAGCAGCAGCAACAUCAUCAUCAUCUUCGGCGGAGAGUCAACGUUUAACAGCAGCCACGUACGAGCUGCUUGUUGUCGGCGUUGGCCAAGUGUGGGGUUGUGAUUAAGACGAGAGUCGAGAUGGCGGACCCCGCCGAGUGCAGCAUCAAGGUGAUGUGCCGCUUCCGCCCCCUCAGCGACGCCGAGCAGGGCCGAGGCGACAAGUUUCUACCAAAGUUCUCGGCGGAAGACAACGUGGUGUUGGGGGGGAAACCAUAUAUAUUUGAUCGAGUUUUUCCUACAAACACCACACAAGAGCAAGUAUACAAUUGUUGUGCAAGACAGAUUGUCAAAGAUGUGCUUGAAGGGUACAAUGGCACAAUUUUUGCAUAUGGCCAGACUGCAUCUGGGAAAACGCAUACAAUGGAGGGCAAGCUGCACGAUUCGGAAUACAUGGGCAUCAUACCACGGAUAAUACAGGACAUUUUCAACUACAUCUAUUCAAUGGAUGAGAACCUUGAAUUUCACAUCAAGGUUUCCUACUUUGAAAUCUACCUUGACAAAAUUAGGGACCUUUUGGAUGUCUCAAAGACCAACUUGGCUGUGCAUGAAGAUAAAAAUAAAGUGCCUUACGUGAAGGGAUGCACAGAGCGAUUUGUGUCUAGCCCCGAUGAAGUGAUGGAUGUCAUUGAUGAAGGAAAGUCCAACAGACAUGUGGCUGUCACAAACAUGAACGAGCACAGCUCUAGAAGUCACAGCAUCUUCUUGAUCAACGUGAAGCAGGAGAACGUGGAGACGGAGCAGAAACUCAGCGGGAAGCUCUACCUUGUAGAUUUGGCUGGCUCUGAGAAGGUGAGCAAGACUGGUGCAGAGGGAUCUGUGCUGGAUGAGGCGAAGAACAUUAACAAGUCUCUUUCGGCGCUGGGCAAUGUCAUCUCCGCACUGGCCGAGGGCACUAAAAGCCAUGUGCCGUACCGAGACAGCAAAAUGACGCGCAUCCUUCAGGACUCGCUGGGUGGAAACUGUCGCACGACUAUCGUUAUCUGCUGCUCGCCUUCCUCCUACAAUGAGGCCGAAUCCAAGUCUACGCUCAUGUUCGGACAAAGAGCAAAGACGAUCAAGAACACGGUAACGGUGAACCUGGAGCUGACGGCAGAGGAGUGGCGCAAGAAGUAUGAGAAGGAGAAGGAGCGCAACAAGGGCCUUCGGAGCACCGUGCAGCGCCUGGAGCAGGAGCUCAACCGCUGGCGCAAUGGCGAGACGGUGCCGGAUGAUGAGCGCUUUGACAUGAAGGACCGCCGGAGCCUGGAGGCUCCGUCUUCCGAUAGCUUAGUCUCCCUUCCCUCUAUCGCCGCUUCCGUGUUGGACAGCAUUGCCUUGCCCACCAGCAAGAUGUCUGCUGACGACAAAGUCAAGUACGACCAGGAGGUGGUCAAGCUCUACAAGCAGCUCGAUGACAAGGAUGAUGAGAUCAACCAACAGAGUCAGCUGGCAGAAAAGCUCAAGCAGCAGAUGCUGGAUCAGGAAGAGCUCCUGGCAUCAUCACGGCGGGAUUAUGAGUUUGUGCAGGAGGAAUUAUCAAGGCUGCAGACUGAGAAUGAGGCAGCAAAGGAGGAGGUGAAGGAGGUGCUCCAGGCACUGGAGGAGCUUGCUGUCAACUAUGACCAGAAGUCUCAAGAAGCAGAGGACAAGACCAAGGAGAAUGAGACCAUCUCCGAAGAGCUGCAGCAGAAGACGACGUUUCUGUCGAACAAGGAAUCGGAGCUGCAGCGACUGCAGGAGGUGACGUCACACCAAAAGCGUCGCGUGGCCGAGAUGUUGACGCUGCUCAUGAAGGACCUGGGGGAGAUGGGAACUGCCAUCGGCAACAAUGACAUUAAGCCCCUGGAGCUGAGUGGCAUGCCAGACGAGGAGUUCACUGUAGCUCGUCUCUACGUGAGCAAGCUCAAGUCCGAGGUAAAGACGCUGGUGAAGCGCACCAAAGUGCUGGAGAGCUCGCAGGGAGACACCAACAAGAAGAUGGAGGAGAACGAGCAUGAACUGUCCUCCUGCCAGCUGCUCAUCUCACAGCACGAGGCAAAGAUUAAGUCUCUGAGCGAGUACAUCCACAACAUGGAGCAGAAGAAGCGGCAGCUGGAGGAGACGUUUGACAGCGUGAGCGAGGAGCUGGCAAAGUUGCGUGCACAGGAGAAAAUGCACGAAAUGAGUUUAGAGGACAAAGAGAAGGAGCAUCUCGACAAGUUGCAAAAUGCCAACGAAAUGCAGAAGGAGCUGGAGCAGCAGAUGUCUGUGCACCGCGAGGCACACCAGAAGCAGCUGUCACGCCUGCGGGAUGAGAUCGAUGACAAGCAGAAGGUCAUUGACGAACUCAAAGACACCAACCAGCGCUACAUGCUGGAGCAGGAGCGCCUGGGUAAAGACUACGAUCGGCUCAAAGCUGACGAACAGGAGAAGAGCCGCAAGCUGCACGAACUCACGAUCAUGCACGACCGACGUGAGCAAGCCAAGCAGGACCUCAAAGGCCUCGAGGAGACAGUGGCCAAGGAGCUGCAGACCUUGCACAACCUGCGGAAGUUGUUUGUUAUGGACCUUGCGACCAGGGUCAAGCGGAAUGCUGACAUUGAUGUGGAUGAUGCUGGGGGAAGUGCUGCACAGAAGCAGAAGAUCUCUUUUCUUGAGAACAACCUCGACCAACUCACCAAAGUGCACAAGCAGCUGGUGCGCGACAACGCCGAUCUGCGCUGCGAGCUGCCAAAGCUUGAGAAGCGCCUGCGCGCCACAGCGGAGCGCGUCAAGGCUCUGGAGACGGCGCUCAAGGAGGCCAAGGAGAAUGCCAUGAAGGAUCGCCGGCGCUACCAGAACGAAGUCGACCGCAUCAAGGAGGCCGUGCGCAACCGCAACAACGUCCGCCGUGGACACACCCCACAGAUCGCCAAGCCAAUCCGCCCUGGGCAGCAGUCGGUGUCAUCUCCGACCCACCAGACAGCCAUCCGGGGAGGUGGAGGGCCUGCCUUUCCUAUUAAUCAGCCCGUGGGUAUCCGAGGAGGUGGACAGUCUUCUGCCCGUCAGGAGAAUGCAUAAUGUGUUCCCAAGGAAGUGCUACUGAAUAUUUGGAGCUUGAAAAGCUGUAUGCAUUGAGACUACACUACCAUUCCUCGGGAGUUUAGGGCAGAUGUGUUUUUCAACUCUGAAGUGUGCCUGUUUAUUUUGUUAUAUUGGUUAUAGCGCGCCAAUUAUGUGCCCAAACUCAACAGGUAUCAUUUGGCUCAGUCCAGUUAAUCUUUGUAAAAUAGUCCCCCCCCCCGGCUCUGUAGCCAAGAUACUUUCUUGUCAAUGAACUGAGUUUCUGGAUUUUUCAACGGUUGUUCUCCUGUGCGUGGUUUAUUUUGAAAUUGUCUUUCAUUUGUAUAGAUUUUCCUCAUGUUUUCUUUUUGUUUUGGUUUGUGAAUGUGUGGAAGUUUGUGGAAACAUAUGAUGCUUUAAACUCACUCUUUUUGUCUCCUAAAUGGCAUAUUUUGGGAUUGGCUAAGCUCACUGUUGCUGUAUAGCAUGCAGGCUGCAUUUUAAAGCACAUUAUACAUACACUAUCGCCACUAUUAAUUAAACUCGUUUAAACGAUUAUAAUGUAAUACUUAAUUCUUAAUGUAUGUGUUAAUUCCCUCAGUUGUAAAGGUGCAAACUUGAAACGGGCCAUUUAAAAUGACUAAAGAAACAACAUCACUUAAUACAUGAUGGUUACUAUAUAAGCUAAAUAUAGUACAUUUAAUGUGUAUAUGCGUAUAUUUAUAAUUACAAACACGAAUGCUUUACAUUUUGUCAAUUAAAACAACAAAGUGCAACAAGAUCUGCUCUUUGGUGACCUGCAUUUAAAUCACUUUAAAUAAAUUCCUAACCAAUGGUUAUGUCUUUCAUACAAUAACAAUAAUUAAAAUAACGGGUUUUUAUACCAUGCCUAGACAGGAAGAUAUAUCCACGUUUUGGUUGACCGGCUGUCUUGGGGAAAAUAUUGAGUUUUACAGAGAGGCUUUAUCUUGGUAGGAGAAGUUUGGUCCGGGGUGGUGGGCAUCAGAUAAGACGCACUGGGGUCCGAUGACUCAUCAGCAUUGAUUGUUUUGGUAUGCAUUCAAGAAGUUAAUAUGCAGAUUGACUGAUUUGUAAUGUGUCUUCACUUUGGACAUCCUUGUCGUGGGCCAAAUGUGAUUGUUUAAACAGAAUUAGUAAUCUUUUAAAGACCACAAAGCCUGCAUUGCAAGUAUACCCUGUGUUCCUACGUGCUUGCCAUGGGGCUGUGGAAUGCUAAUUAUUGAAAUGUUUUUCGGAUAAGUAUACUUACAUGGGUCAUGAAACCACACACAUGUUUGACAGCAGCACGUGUUUAACACCCAUGCAUGGAUUGAUUAUUGUUUUACACAAAACCUCUGUUCUUCUUUAAAGCCAUAAACUAUUCAGCUAGCGGAGGUCCAGUCUUGCAUUGAGAUCCCAAUGCGUUUAGUUUCCGAGCCUCAAUGAGUCUUGCCUCCUCUGUAUUCAGUCACUUCCGUCUGCCAAGCCACAUAGUAACUUAUAGAAUACGUUUUAAUAAAAAUUCACCCCACUGAGUACCGUUUGAUACCAGUCAACCUUGCCUAACAAAAUUAAGACUUCAAGCCUCAUUCCUGAAGAAGGCACAUUGGGUAGCAUGUCAAUAUUUUCCUGUGACGGUGUUAAAAGCUGUUAUUUUUAUUUAGUGUUAUAUGUAUAAGUUUACUGAAGAAGCAACGUCAACCUAUGUAUUCAUGCUCGUAUAUUGCUCUUGUUUCAGAUGCAGCCAUUGGCUGCUCGCCCAGAUGUGUAUCACUGAGCUUUAGCAUUUUUAUCACCCCUAAGAUAAUAGAAUGAACUAACUGGCACAUACGGGUGGCAUUUUAGCUUUCUCUACUCUUUGUGGUUCUCAAAAACAUGAUUUGCACCCUUUUCUCAAUGAUAUAUGUUCAUGAAAACCUAUCAACAUCCUCUUCUAGUGUGCGUUGUGUAAUUGACAUCUGAGUGGACAUUUCAUAAGCAUGGAAAACUUGCAACGACACAAGGAAUGACACUUGAGAACUACUGAAGUUGCAUAAAACCUCUUGUUAAUAUUUGUAUAAAUAUGGGAAACGGUGUGAAUCUUGAUGUGUGAUACGAUUAUUUCUCAUGCUAACCUGUGCAGGUGCAAAGGUACUCAUUCUGCUGCCAAAUUUGGUUCAUUACUCAACACUCCACUCGCUCUCCUGAACAUGUGUACGCAAAGACAUGUUUAGUUUGUCACUGACAAUUUUACAAACCUAUUUGGGCUGGAAAUUGUUGAAGUUGGAUUGCACAUGGCUGCACUUGCUAAUGUCGCAGUUGUGUUCUAUUUUCCAUGACCCAAUUUCUGAAGCGACACCUGCAAGUCUUGGGAGUUGUUGCCCCAUGGCCAGGCAUCGACGUACGUGCUGAUGACUGUCUGUUAUCCACUUGGUGGCCCCCAGUCAUGUUCUACAUCAAUAGAUUGGUCAAGAGCUGUGUGUGGAACAGGAUGAUUGUAGAUGAUGGCUUAAGUGUGCCUGCGUUUUGGCAAAUUUAUAUUUCUGUAACCCAUCGUGGCUUAUGUUGAUUUACAGUAUGCGUUAUGAAGCAGCAAGGUGUGCCAAUAGCACUAGGUCUUAAUAAUACACUUAUUUCAGAGUGAAACAUACCAUUUUGGCUUGUGCAUGCUUUUGUUUAUUAUGAUGCGUUUAACUUUACACUUUUUGGUUUGCUAAUUUAGUCACUGAAAUUCAAGCUACUCGUUAACAAUAAAGUACUUUUCUGGCCAGUAGUGCCAAUUCAUGAUGUAACGGAUCCCAUCGGAAUGGUUUGCAGUGACUGAAGACGAUGUCUCGUUCCCCAUGUUAAUGAGUUUGUGUACAUUUCAUUUGUUUAGUAUUUUUGAGAUGAAGUAUAUAUGUUAAGAUUAAGAAAACAAUUUCUUUCGAAUCCGGUUAAAGGUUUCACUCUUGACAUGUCACGGGGUUUUCAUGUUGAUCAGUUGGUAAGACGAGGGUUGCACAACCAUGUAGGCCACCUGGAAUAAUUGAAAACGUAUCGGGCGGUGUGCACUUGCGAACUCUUCCCAGAGCAAGAUUGUGGGUCAAAACACUCCUGUGUAACUGCAUUAUUGAAAAUCUGACAAUCCGUAUGCCUGCCAUAGAGAUCAUUACGAUGAUUUACAUUGCGUGGCCUGUUGGACGAUGCAUGUGCUCGGAAUGAAAGUGCUCUGAACAUGCCUCCAUGCGACUGCUGACAGCUGUAAACACUUGCGUUUCUGGAACUUGAAUAAAGGUGAUCGAUAGAU